UUCUGCGCAUGCUCGCUCGGCCGGCCCGCCCGCCCGCCUGCCUGCCCGGGUUCGGCUGUCAAACGCUGCGAAGUGGAUGUUUUUAACGGACACGCGGCGGGCACGGGAGGGCGAGCAGUCGGUUCGGAUCGCGGGCGAUGGGAAAGAUGAAGUGAAGUGGGUCCAGUUUCAAUCCGGGGGGGCGGCAACGACCACAACAGGGGAAGGGGAAAACCCUUGAAGCGAAGAUGAGGCGGGUGCCGCCACCGACCGCCGCCUUCUUGAUGAGGCGGGUGCCGACGCCGACCGCCGCCUUCUCGGCCGCCUACUUGCUGCUGCUGCUGCUGGCGGGCCGGGCGGCCGCCGUGAUCUCGGAGCAGUUGAACAUGGAGAAGCCGGUGGCGGCGGCGGUGAACGUGUCGUAUGUGGAGCCGGAGAGCGGGCAGCUGCAGCCGGUGCUGGGCCGAGCUGACGGCGGCCGCUACGGACGCGACUCGCCGAAGGAGGACGUGCCAGGCGGCAUGGUGCUCGCCCCGGCCCGCGAUCGCCAGGGCUGCGAGCCGCACACCCGCUUCGUCGUGCCGCCCGACACCCGGCGCUGGAUCGCGCUGCUCCGCCGCGGGAACUGCACCUUCAAGGAGAAGAUCCUGCGGGCGGCGGCGCACAAGGCUGCUGCCGUGGUCAUCUACAACAACUCGAGCGGGGCGGACCUCGUCACCAUGUCGCACGAAGGAACUGGUAACAUAGUGGCCAUCAUGAUUUCUGAGCAGAGGGGUCGUGAGAUUCUGCGCUAUGUGGAAAGAAACUUCACUGUGUUGAUGUCCAUCGCAGUUGGAUCAUCACAUACUUCGAAGUAUAGCCGUGGCUCUCUGGUCUUUGUCUCCAUAUCUUUUAUUGUACUGAUGAUCACAUCACUGGCUUGGCUGAUCUUUUAUUUCAUCCAGAAAUUCAGAUAUGCAAACCUACGUGGGCGCAAUCAGCGUCAUUUGGGAGAUAUUGCCAACAAAGCCAUCAAGAAGUUAACCACAAGGACAGUUAAAAGGGGAGAUAAGGAAACAGAUCCAGAAUUCGAUCACUGUGCAGUCUGUAUCGAGGGAUACAAAUCUAACGAUGUGGUCAGAAUUCUGCCAUGCAAGCAUGUCUUCCACAAACAGUGUGUUGAUCCCUGGCUAAAUGAACACUGUACUUGCCCCAUCUGCAAACUAAACAUACUGAAGGCACUGGGAAUUCUGCCGGAAUUGCAAUGUGCAGAGAAUUCAGCUUUUGACGUCGAUAGAAUGGCCAGGGGAUCACUUGCCAACCAGAGAUCUAUGCCUACUGAUGUCACUAGUGAUGGUUCCAUCAGUCUCGAGCCACUACGAUUCUUGGGGAGUUCGCAGAUGGGUCAGGAAGAAGAAUUUGUACCACGAACCAGGGAAAUGAAUAUCACCAUAACCAAAGAAUGGCUUAUUAUUGCAAGUUUUGGAGUGCUUAGUGCCCUCACUCUGUUCUACAUGGUAAUCAAAGCAACAGCAACUUCCACAGCAGAUGAAGCUGAAACUCAGACAACACAGUAGUGAAAGAAUGGAUAUGAAAGAAGAUAAUUGUACAUGCUUCAACAGUGCUGAAUUCAGUCCUGCUGAACCCACAGAGCAUCUGGAUCUGAUUUUCUGUUACUAGGAGUUCUGCUGAACCUAAGUCUAUUUUUUUAUGUUAUUUUUCCACAUUCUGCGCCUAAAGCUUUGUUAGAAUCAUCUUUCAAUAAAACCAAAUUGAAUUGAA